UCUGCCUGCUGCUCCCCACGGGCUGUGCUGGGUCGUUCACCAAGGGAAUAAGCUGUUACGGGGCGCUCUGAGUUUUGACACACUCAUUUCACCGUGAUGCUGGAGCAAGAGAAGAAAGAGUCAACAGACAAGCCGUCCGAGAUGAUCGACACAAGUCAAAGUAGUGCAAACCUGCCUGGAACGUUUCUGCCCAUGGAACUGAGCUUCCAAGAAGAUACAGAGGAAAAGAUCCCAAUCCCUAACAGCAACUCAACUCAGUUUAGCUUUCGGAAGCUCUGGGCCUUUACAGGACCUGGAUUUCUUAUGAGCAUUGCUUAUCUGGACCCAGGAAACAUUGAAUCUGACCUUCAGUCUGGUGCCGUGGCAGGGUAUAAGAUCCUCUGGGUCUUGCUGUUGGCCACCAUCAUUGGCCUUAUGUUGCAGAGGCUCUCGGCUCGCUUAGGAGCUGUCAGUGGUAUGCAGUUGGCUGAGGUCUGCCGCAGGAAGUACCCGAAGUUCCCUCGGAUUUUGCUCUGGCUGAUGGUGGAACUGGCAAUCAUCGGUUCGGACAUGCAGGAAGUGAUUGGAUCGGCCAUCGCUCUGAACCUGCUGUCUGUUGGAAGGAUUCCCCUGUGGGGCGGAGUAAUUAUAACUAUUGCAGACACAUUUUUCUUCCUCUUCUUGGAUAAAUAUGGUCUGAGAAAACUGGAAGCUUUGUUUGGGUUCCUUAUUACAGUUAUGGCAAUCACGUUUGGCUAUGAGUACGUGACUGUGAAGCCAGACCAGCGGCAGCUGCUAACGGGGAUGUUUGUGCCCAACUGCGAGGGCUGUAAAAGCAAGCAGCUGCAGCAGGCAGUUGGCAUCGUCGGCGCCGUGAUCAUGCCUCACAAUAUCUACCUGUACUCUGCCCUGGUCAGGUCCAGGGAUGUGAAUCGAGCCAAUAAGAAGGAAGUGAGGGAGGCGAAUCGUUACUUCUUCAUCGAAGCAUGUCUGGCUUUGUUUGUGUCUUUCCUCAUUAAUGUCUUUGUGGUCUCGGUGUUUGCAGAAGCUUUUUACAAUCAGACCAACGCACAAGUGCAUGAGGUGUGUGCAAACAGCAGUAGUCCACAUUCUGAUCUCUUCCCAAUCGAUAACAAGACUCUGAACGUUGAUAUUUACAAAGGGGGUGUGGUGCUGGGCUGCUAUUUCGGAGCUCCUGCUCUCUACAUUUGGGCCAUUGGCAUCUUGGCUGCAGGUCAGAGUUCAACCAUGUCAGGGACAUACACUGGACAGUUUGUCAUGGAGGGUUUCUUGAACCUCAAGUGGUCUCGCUUUGCUCGUGUGGUCUUCACCCGGACAAUUGCAAUCACUCCCACCUUGUUGGUUGCUGUUUUCCAGAGUGUGGACACAUUGACAGGAAUGAAUGAUUUGCUGAAUGUUCUGAUGAGUUUGCAGCUGCCGUUUGCGUUGAUCCCAGUGUUGACGUUUACCAGUAUGACCUCAAUAAUGAAUGACUUCGUCAACGGUCUCAUUUGGAAGAUCAUCGGUGGAGUUAUCAUUCUGAUCAUCUGCUGCAUUAACAUUUAUUUUGUGAUCGAUUAUGUUUCAAGUCUGAGUAUCAUGGCAAUCUACAUUGUAGCAGCUAUUGUGGCAAUUGCCUAUUUGGCUUUUGUGUCUUACUUGGUGUGGUUUUGUUUGGUUUCCAUGGGUGUCCCAUUCUUGGAUUGCAGACAUGACAACGAGAAUGGUAUGAUGACUGUGGAAGACCAAAGUCAGGUAUUUCGACAAGUUGAUUGGAGUACCGUCCGCUGAAGAGAUCCUGUCAGAGAUCACUGAGAACUGCUUGUGUUGCUGAUAUGACUUUUCUCAACUGGGACUGAGUUGGAGCAUCAUAUGUAAAUGAUUGUCAAUAAUUAGUUUGAAUACUUGAUUUAUUAGAUCAUGAUUUAAAGAAAUUAUUUCUAAUUAAAGGCAAAGUCUGAUACUGCACCUUUCCUUUUGGAAACCAUCAAACCACAGGAACACGCAACUAAAUUACAGGGGCCAGUGUGUCACACAACGAGUCAUGGAGUCAUACAGCACAGAAGCAGGUCCUUUGGCUCAACUGGUCCAUGCCGACCAAAAGGCCCCUCCAAGCUAGUCCCAUUUGCCAGUGUUUGGUCCAUAUCCUUCUAAACCUUUCCUAUCCGUGUACCUGUCCAACUGUCUUUUAAAAUGGUUGUGGAGAUUCCCAAUAGGAAUUGAAACCUUAGUGUUCAUUGUUGUCAAGGGACACUACUGUAGACAUGACCUUCCUCACUAAGUCAUGGAGUCAUAGAGUACUACAACAAAGAAACAGGGCCUUUGGCCCAUCUAAUCCAUACCAGCUUGAUCUGCCUAGUUCCAUCUAUGUGCACCCGGACCAUAUGCCUUCAAACCCCUUCCAUCCAUGUAUCUGUCGAAAUUCCUCUGAAAUGUUACAAUUAAACCCACAUCUACCACUUCCAUACUUGCACCAUCCUCUGAGUGAAGAUGGUUCCCUUCAGAUUCCCCGUAAAUACUUCAUUUUUCAUCCUAAACCUAUGACCUCUAGUUCCAGUCUCACCCAACCUGAGGAAAAAAGUCUGCAUGCAUACUCUAUCUAUACCUCUCAUAAUUUUGCAUACCUCUAUAAGAUCUCCACUUAUUCUCCUGUGCUCAAAGGAAUAAAAUCCUAACCUAUUCAACCUUUCCCUAUAACUCAGGUUCUCAAGUCCUGGCAACAUCCUUGUAAAUUUUCUUUGUACUCUUUCAAGCUCAAACUGUAGGUAGGUGACCAGAACGGCACACAAUGCUCCAAAUUCGGCCUAGCCAACUUCUUAUACAACUUCAACAUAACAUCCCAAUUCCUGUACUCUAUACUUUGAUUUAUAAAGAUCAAUGUGUCAAAAGGUCUCUUUACAAUCCUAUCUACCUGUGAUGCCACUGUGAGGUCAUGACCCAGUUAGCGGAUCAAGCCCACUUCUUGAUAGGCACCAGUACACACAUGAUCUGCUCCUUUUAGACCCUGAACAUUCCGCUAUGGGGUAGGAGUGGUUAGCAAUGGGGAUUCCUUCAUAAACUGCGUAAUUUCCCAACGUAAUUUUGAAUAAUCUUAUAUUUCCGCCCCUUUAAGAAAAUCCUAAUCUGAUCUGAAGUCCUCAAUGACUUAAGUAGGUAUUGCCUCACUUUUUUGGGAAAAGAAAUUGGAGUCUGUAGAGGUGAGGAUACAGAGGGAAAGUAAGAAAUGGGACAUAUGCAGUAGUAGAGUGUGAAGGAUAGAUUGUGGAAGAGAGGGGGAGAAGGGCAGAAGACAGAUUUGGGAAGCAGGGAGAGACUGAAGGGCAGAGACAGGGUAAAGGAUGGCACAGUAGAGGAAGGAAGAGGCAGAAGGUAGAGGUAGGGGGAUAGGUAGAGGGAAAAUCACAUUCCUAACAGUGACCUCGAUGAGCACCAUAGACACUGCAAACAUCCACCCUAUUCCCACCAACCAUCUCGGUGUCCUGUCUGUAAGAUUUCCAACCACAGUUAAAUUUUGGAUUUGUAUAUAAAUUAAAUUAUGAUCACAUAGUUUAACUUAAGUUAGCACCAAGUCAUUUCAGUUCUUCACCAAUUGGGUUGUCUGUAUCUUACAGUGGAAACUGCAGGUACUAGGUACCAAGUGCAUAUGACAGCAACAUUGGCCCACUGCUAUUACAGUACCAAGCCCACAUCAACAGCAGAAUUGUCCAACAUAGGGAAAAGCGGCCAAAGAUGCCCUCAGAUAUGGAGGUUCUCCUAAGCUGUGCAGUGCUUGGGCUUUGUCUCUUGAAACCACCCCAGCUGCCCUAUGCGAACCAAGGAUGAUUCUACUUGGGAUUUAAAAGAAUAUCAGGGAAAAUCCUGAUACUGUUCCACUUACAUAGUUCCCAAAUUCCUCUUUGGUUACAGACUCACUUCCAGUAGUUGGUGCCAGGUUUCACUCUGUACAAUGAACAACACAUCCAAGAGAAAUGGAAGAUUGUACUAGUGAGCUUUCUCAUGAAAUAAUUUUGUUAAUAUUUGAAUUUGUAUUUUGUAAGUAUUCUCAUCAAGGUGUACAUAUUAAAAAUUAAAUAAAUAAGUUUUUUUUU